CCUCCCUCGGCAACAUGACCACCUGCAGCCGCCAGUUCACCUCCUCUAGCUCCAUGAAGGGCUCCUGUGGCAUCGGUGGUGGCUCCAGCCGCAUCUCCUCUGUCCUGACGGGAGGAUCCUGCCGGGCCCCCAGUGCCUACGGAGGCCUGUCGGUCACCUCCUCCCGCUUCUCCUCUGGGGGAGCCUGUGGAAUCGGGGGUGGCUAUGGCGGUGGCUUCAGCAGCAGCAGCAGCAGCUUUGGUGUGGGUCUCGGUAGUGGUUUUGGAGGUGCUGGUUUUGGAGGAGGAUUUGGUGGUGCUGGCUUCGGCAGUGGCUUUGGUGGUGGCUUUGGUGGUGAUGGGCUCCUGGUGGGUAGUGAAAAAGUGACCAUGCAGAACCUCAAUGACCGGUUGGCCACCUACCUGGACAAGGUGCGUGCCCUGGAGGAGGCCAACACUGACCUGGAGGUCAAGAUUCGUGACUGGUACCAGAGGCAGCGGCCCACUGAGAUCAAGGACUACAGCCCCUACUUCAGGACCAUUGAGGAACUGAAGAGCAAGAUCAUUGCGGCCACUCUGGAGAAUGCACAGCCUAUUCUGCAGAUCGAUAAUGCCAGGCUGGCAGCUGAUGACUUCAGGACCAAGUAUGAGCAUGAGCUGGCCCUGCGCCAGACUGUGGAGGCCGACAUCAAUGGUCUGCGCAGAGUGCUCGACGAGCUGACCUUGGCCAGGACUGACCUGGAGAUGCAGAUCGAAAGUCUCAAGGAAGAGCUGGCUUACCUGAAGAAGAACCAUGAGGAGGAGAUGCUUGCCCUGCGGGGUCAGACUGGUGGGGAUGUCAAUGUGGAGAUGGACGCAGCCCCUGGAGUGGACCUGAGCCGCAUCCUGAAUGAGAUGCGUGACCAGUAUGAACAGAUGGCGGAAAAGAACCGCAGAGACGCGGAGGCCUGGUUCCUGAGCAAGACUGAGGAGCUGAACAAGGAAGUAGCCUCUAACAGUGAACUGAUACAGAGUGGCCGCAGUGAGGUGUCUGAACUCCGCAGAGUGUUCCAGGGCUUGGAGAUUGAACUGCAGUCCCAGCUCAGCAUGAAAGCAUCCUUGGAGAACAGCCUAGAAGAGACCAAAGGCAGAUACUGCAUGCAGCUGUCCCAGAUACAGGGGCUGAUCAGCAAUGUGGAAGAGCAGCUGGCUCAAUUGCGUUGUGAGAUGGAACAGCAGAGCCAGGAGUACAACAUCCUGUUGGAUGUGAAGACACGACUGGAGCAGGAGAUUGCCACCUACCGCCGUCUGCUGGAUGGCGAGGAUGCCCACAUCUCUUCCUCUCAGCACUCAUCUGGCCAGUCCUAUUCUUCCCAUGAAGUCUUCUCAUCGUCCUCCCGCCAGCCCCGGUCCAUCCUCAAGGAGCAGGGCUCGUCCAGCUUCAGCCAGAGCCAGAGCCAGAGCUCCAGGAACUAA